UGCUCUGAUUACUCUGCCACUCCCGGUCACUUCUAUUUUACAAUACUCCCAUCAUGGAGAUAUAUAGCAUGCAGACAGCUGAUCAAGAGAAAGAUAAAUCACUGGACGCCAAUGGGCGAUCACACACCAGAGUCAUAGCACACACGGAUAUAAAAAGUGGCCCUAGGCCAUUAACACCCACUCACAUUUCGGACCACUUCACAAGACCAUCCAGACACAUGGAGCGAUACCAUAUCGGUCACAGUGGGGAUGGAACCUACAGGGACCUGGGCUAUCAUGCACUUCGACUAGCAACGACAUUUCAAACAUACCAUGAAGAGGCCUCACAUGCGCUCCGAUUGACAGGCUCCAUGAUUGCGCCAAUCAAUGAACGGGUGGUUGUUACUCAUCGACCGCCGGACAGUGUUCUUUCUGAUGCAGCUACUGCAUAUAGCACGAGCAUGAUCUUUGGCCAGAGUACGGUCACUCAUGAGCGCGAUGUUAUCGCUGGCUGUCAUGGUGCAUGCGGCCUAUGCAUUCCACCCACCGCACCGCAGCAUCAAUUGCAUUCACUAUCUCGAGCCUCCACAAGCGUUAAACAGAAUGCAACAACCGAGAAUGCAUUAGUUCUCCGCGGAGCUGUACUCGGCGCUUCCGACUCUCAUGAUCUCCUCGUGGACGAGAACGAUUGCAUGCCACUCUCCCAAAACUCGCUACGAUGCUCUCCCCAUAUGCCUAUCAAUGAAUACCCUCAGUGGUCCCCACCUCCACUGGUUGAAAUGUGUCACUCCAUCGAUACAGUGAGCUCUUGUACACAGAAUGGUACUGAAUAUUCCAGAUGGACACCGCCAUCAAUAUUUGUGGAAGAUGAUGGCAGAGACACUACUGUGGAUAUCUCCUCCGAACGCUUGUGGGAGGUCCCUAGCUCUAUGAAGUAUAUUUUGGAAAACGGACUGAGGAGACGCAAUGUGGUCGAUGCUGGCGCUUCCGAUUCGUCCAAACGUCUACGGGCACGCUCCCCUCGUCAAUCGACACAAUUACCAGGCUGGGAUUUGCCUGUCCGCACGAGACUACACGAUUAUGCAAUUUCGUCAAUUCACACUAUGCAGCGGCAUAGUCAGUCUUUGCGGAACAAGGUUACCCAGAUGCCGUCAAACACGCUCCAGGCAUUCCUACGUCAGCACAGCCCGUAUACAGAACUCAUUCCCAACACCUUAGUCGUGAAGAGUCGACAGUGCCCACGGAGCACGAGGCUCAGGGCCCCUUGACAUCCAUACCUCUAAAGGAUGCAAUGCAGCAUCCCUUUAGCCUCCAGAAGUCACCACUGGCGGCGGGUGUAUCGAGGACAUUCUCCUUGCUGAAAUCACCGUAUUGCAUGCUCUGGGCGCUUACGGUCUCUACGGUCAUCGGCUUCUGUGCCACCUUAACGCUUCGGGGCAAAGUUACGGAUGUUUA